UGCAACAAACAGACCAAACAAAAAUCCAUUGAGACUUUCUGCAACCCACCGAUUAUAGCUUAUAACAAUCAAAUAUCGCUUUCUGUAGUCUCUCAGGUCUCAAAUCUCAGUUGGAGAUUGAUUUGUUCGUUACCCAAUAAAUUUUUCACAAUGAAGCAAAAGGUGGUGAUCAAGGUUCCUGUGAAUGGCUCAAAAUCCCGCACUAAAAACCACAAGAUAGCAGUUGGGAUACAAGGGGUUGAAUCAGCUUCAUUGCAAGGUGAAGAUAAGAGUCAGAUUGUUGUUGAAGGGGAGUGGAUUGAUUCAAUCACCUUGACAGUGUCUCUGAGGAAGAGUUUGGGGUCUGCGGAGCUGGUUAGCGUUUCUGAAGUGAAGGAGAAAAAGGAGGAGAAAACUAAUAAUAACCAAUCAACAGCAGCGGCCAAAGCCACAGACACAGUUCAGUCUGUAGAUUGGUUUCUCAAUUAUAACCAGGCUGCUUAUAGUAUGCCUCAGUAUUGCGUAUAUCAAGCUCCUAAUCCCAACACCAGCGCUGAUGCUUGUGCUAUCAUGUGAGUUGUGUCUGUGAUAGAAGGAAAGUAUUAAUUCCAGCCAACAACUGUGGUUUUAAUUUGCCAGAGCUCCAGGAGCAACAAAGCAAGGAGCAAAGAGUGACUGGAGCAACAAUCAGCCACAGCCACAGCGUUUCAGAUAUUCCAAUCUCUCUCUCUCUAGAUCUCCGAUCCAACUUCUUUGAUUUAGAAAUUUUUUGACUAGUCUUGCCCAUCUCUAGUUAAGUAUGAAUAUGAGCAUGCAAUUCAUUUUUGGCCUCUUGUUUUGUAAUUAAAUUAUGGUUUGAUACAAUAUUAUGAAACAUUGGGAAUUUGGGACUC